ACUUCCAACCUCAUGAAUCGCCACGGGAGCCAGUGAUGGGUCGCGCAUGCAGCUCUUCCCUGCCUAUGCUGCAGGGUGGCUAACCUGGUGGACUCGUGGGCAAAAAGAUGCCCUCUUUCCUCAGAGGUCUUGUCGGCUUUCCGCAGUAUCGUUGAGGAUGUUAGACUAGCAUCCAGCUUAUAUGCUUUUCUCCAUAAACUUUAAUUAUCUAGAAGAGAAGGCGCAUGGCAGUAGUCCUUCAGUGUUCCGUACUAUUCUCACCCCCCCAUCCCGCAAUACAGAUUAUAUACGAAGUGGGGAACAUUCCUUAUGAAGCUACUGAAGAGCAGUUGAAGGACAUUUUUUCUGAGGUUGGACCUGUUGUUAGUUUCAGAUUGGUAUAUGACAGAGAGACAGGAAAGCCAAAGGGUUAUGGCUUCUGUGAAUACCAAGACCAAGAGACAGCCCUUAGUGCCAUGCGGAACCUGAAUGGGCGCGAAUUCAGUGGGAGAGCACUUCGAGUGGACAAUGCUGCCAGUGAAAAGAACAAAGAAGAGCUGAAGAGCCUUGGCACUGGUGCCCCUGUCAUUGAGUCACCUUAUGGAGAGACCAUCAGUCCUGAGGAUGCCCCUGAGUCCAUUAGCAAAGCAGUUGCCAGUCUUCCACCAGAGCAGAUGUUUGAGCUGAUGAAACAAAUGAAGCUCUGUGUCCAGAAUAGCCCUCAGGAAGCACGGAACAUGUUGCUUCAGAACCCUCAGUUGGCUUAUGCUUUGCUGCAAGCACAGGUAGUGAUGAGAAUUGUGGAUCCGGAGAUUGCCUUGAAAAUUCUGCAUCGCCAGACAAAUAUCCCAACGCUGAUUGCAGGAAACCCUCAGCCAGUCCAUGGUGCUGGGCCUGGCUCAGGAUCCAAUGUGCCCAUGAACCAGCAGAAUCCUCAAGCCCCUCAGCCCCAGCCUUUGGGUGGAAUGCACGUCAAUGGCGCACCUCCUCUGAUGCAAGCUUCUAUGCAGGGUGGAGUUCCAGCACCAGGGCAAAUGCCAGCUGCUGUCACGGGACCUGGGCCUGGUUCCCUAGCUCCCGGAGGAGGAAUGCAGACCCCGGUUGGAAUGCCAGGAGGUGGACCGGUGCCCAUGGAACGAGGACAAGGAACCCUACAGCACUCGCCCGUGGGACCCGCCGGGCCUGCAUCAAUUGAGCGAGUUCAAGGGCAGAGAACAUGGAUGAUAUGGGCAUCUGUCCGAGGCUGUACUCCCUCCCUACUGGUGUCAGGAGGCUUGGAUGGAAUAGCAGUCUUGCCGAUGCAAGAUCCCAGAGCAGCUAUGCAGCGGGGAUCCUUGCCUGCCAACGUCCCAACUCCUCGAGGUCUGUUAGGAGAUGCUCCGAAUGACCCACGGGGAGGCACUUUACUUUCUGUAACUGGAGAGGUAGAGCCUAGAGGUUACCUGGGACCACCUCAUCAGGGUCCACCCAUGCACCAUGUUCCUGGCCAUGAGAACCGUGGACCACCCCCACAUGAAAUGAGGGGUGGUCCAUUAGCCGAGCCCAGACCUCUAAUGGCAGAACCAAGAGGACCCAUGCUAGAUCAGAGGGGUCCACCCUUGGAUGGCAGAGGUGGAAGAGAUCCCCGAGGAAUAGAUGCGCGAGGGAUGGAGGCCCGAGCCAUGGAGGCAAGAGGAUUAGAUGCCAGAGGAUUGGAGGCCCGUGCGAUGGAGGCCAGGGCGAUGGAAGCUCGUGCAAUGGAGGCCCGAGCAAUGGAGGCCCGUGCAAUGGAAGCCAGAGGCAUGGAUACCAGGGGCCCAGUGCCUGGCCCUAGAGGACCUAUACCUAGUGGAAUCCAGGGUCCCAGUCCAAUUAACAUGGGGGCAGUUGGCCCCCAGGGAUCCAGACAGGUCCCAGUCAUGCAGGGAGCAGGCAUGCAAGGAGCGAGUAUGCAGGGUGGAAGCCAGCCUGGUGGCUUUAGUCCUGGGCAGAAUCAAGUCACUCCACAGGAUCAUGAGAAGGCUGCUUUGAUAAUGCAGGUUCUACAACUGACUGCAGACCAGAUUGCCAUGCUGCCUCCUGAGCAAAGGCAGAGUAUCCUGAUCUUAAAGGAACAAAUACAGAAAUCCACUGGAGCACCUUGAAAGGUUUUCAAAAAUACCUGGCAAGAAAUCUGGAAAUUAACUCCAUAACUUUGUCGAAAUGCUGAAAAAAGAUGACUUCUACAUCCUAAUCCUUGAAUGACUCAAAUCGGUGCCAGGUGGAGGACUCCCAUCACCUUCUCUCAGAACAAAAUCAGUUCAUUUUGUUGUCGUAGUUUGUAUAUUUUCUGUGACUUGAAAUAAACUUUGAACACAAUUUUAGUACACUGCAAA